UUCACCCAGUUUGUGACGGGGCAACAGCACGCAUGGGAGCGACAUAACCCAGGUUCAUUUCAGACAUAGGCUACUAUACAUUCCACAAAGUUGCUGCUAGUCAUGGAGUCUGAAGAUGCUAAUGUGUCAUACAGCAGGUGGAACGAGGAUGUCAACCUCAGCCACUCACAGUCACAGUCCAGCCUCAUCAGGUUCUAUAAUCGCCUGUGCACGGGUAACCUGGGUAUCUACAUCAGGAUCGCCGGAGCCGUCGCAGCACUGGUGUCUGUCUACAUACUCGGAUACGUCACCGGAUACUACGUACAUGGACGUUGACAACAGCAGUGUGUGUGUGUGUGUGUGUGUGUGCGUGUGUGUGUGUGUGUGUGUGUGUGUGUGUGUGUGUGUGUGUGUGUGUGUGUGUGCGUGCGCGAGUGUGUGUUUGGAGGAGUGGGACAGCACUGGUGUCCGUCUACUGUACCUACUGUGCUAUGUGGCCACCAACGGAUACCACAUACAAGGACGCUGACAACUCCUUUCUAUGUGUGCGUAUGUGUGUGGGUGUGUGAGAGGGAGAGGAUGGGAGUGAGAUUGUGAUUGCCAUUUUUAUAUGCCAAGAAGAUACUCAUCAAGGGUUCUAUCAAGAGGCACAUGCCAAAGGUGCAUGGAAAACUGUACACUGAACACUCACACGAGCCAUUAUUUAAUACCUGUUUUUGUAAUGAAUGAAUAAUGUACUGUAUAUCAUUUCAAACCAUGUGACUGCAACAUGUACUGUAGCUUUGCAUUUACAAGAGAGCAAAGAAUGUUGUUGAGCUGCUCAUAAGUGGUCUGUGUGUGUGUGUGUGUGUGUGUGUGUGUGUGUGUGUGUGUGUGUGUGUGUGUGUGUGUGUGUGUGUGUGUGUGUGUGUGUGUGUGUGUGUGUGUGUGUGUGUGUGUGUGUGUGUGAGGUAUUUUGUCAACCAUUGACAAUCAUCAUCAAACGCAUGUAGUACAGUGUAUUGCAUGAGACUUUUCUGUGUCUAAUCAUCAGUCCUAACCAAUUCUUCAACCAACACUUGUAUAUUUUUUAACAAUGUCCCUGUGUUGAGAUAAACUAUAUAUAUAUAUCUAGUGUGUGUCUGAGAGAAAGAGAGAGAGAGUGUGUGAGAGAGAGCCAGGUGUUGUGCUGCAGGCCAGUGCAUGUUUCAGAUGUUCAGCAGCAGUCACCCAUUGUCACGGCAACAGAGCAACACUGAUGUAAACAAACAAUCACUCAUCUCAUCUCAUUGCCGGGAGUGUGGAAAUGGAAAGUGCUGGAACAUCUGUGUAUGCAUUAGAGGAGUAGCCUAUUCAGUGAAUAGUAUUCGUGUCAAUCACUACAAUUGCUAAUUGUAACCCUUGCCAAAAGUGUAUGCAUAACAUGAACAUGACAAAAUGUGUAGACCAAGUGAUUUACAUGUCUUUAUUUUCAUAAUUUAUAUAGUAGCACUGAUAAUGAUAAUAAAAUGAUGAA